AUUACCGACACCGGCAGCCACAGGCGCAAAAAAUGGCGAACGAGGUGCAGUUGGCUCAAACUGCACUCUCAGGGGGCGAUACGAUUUUUGGGAAAAUCUUGCGUAAAGAAAUACCGUGUAAUUUUAUUUACGAAGAUAAUUUGUGUGUCGCCUUUGACGACAUUAAUCCGCAAGCCCCCGUUCAUUUUCUGGUAAUACCUAGAAAACCGAUCGCCCAGCUGUCCAAAGCAGAAGAUAACGAUGGGCCCUUGCUGGGGCACCUGCUGGUAGUCGCGCGAAAAAUCGCACAGAAAAGGAAUUUAAAGAAUGGUUUUCGGAUUGUGAUCAACGACGGCCCGAUUGGGGCCCAGUCGGUGUAUCAUUUGCACGUGCAUGUCUUGUCAGGCAGGCAGCUCCAAUGGCCUCCAGGUUAAUUUUGAAUAAACUGAGACAGUUUGUUGAAGUAAUCUGAUAGCUUUAUGUUUUUUUUUGUGGUUUCUGUAUGUAUUGGUGAUUUAGUUGUGGAAAAAUAAAGUAAAAUUUAGUAAA